AUGCAUAUUGUGCAUCGUCUCUCAAUCGAAGUAGCAUAUUUUCAACCAGCAGAAGAUGCAGCCGGACGAUCUGGUCUAUCUCCGCUCCAAAAAUGUACUGCAGCAAUUCGUCAAUUGGCAUACGGUAGUGCGGCUGAUACAGUUGACGAAUAUGUACGACUUGGUGAAACAACUGCUCGAAAAUGUUUGCACCAGUUUACUGCCGGAAUAAUCCACUUGUUUGGCGAUCAAUAUCUAAGACGUCCCACACCGGAAGAUCUUCAAAGACUACAUGUUGGAGAAGAACGUGGCUUCCCAGGGAUAGUUGGAAGCAUCGACUGUAUGCAUUGGGAGUGGAAGAAUUGCCCCACCUCUUGGAAAGGUACUAUGAACGACCUUAAUAUUCUUGAUCGAUCACCUGUUUUUGAUGAUACUAUUAACGGAAUAGCUCCGCAAGUCAACUUCUACGCCAACAGAAGAGAGUAUCAUUUGGCUUACUAUCUCAAGGAUGGUAUUUAUCCGAAAUGGGUGACUUUUAUUCAAUAUAUCUGA